CUACACCCAGUCACCUACCCCUAUCCACCGGCUCUUCCGGUCAUUAUCCCCUCUCCGAUUCCCGCUAGAUACAUACAUAAUUACAUAAACUCCGAUCGAAUUACACUCCGAUCUUUGAGCUCUGUGCUGCUGAUAAUAUUAUUUCAUAAGGUUUUGUGUGAAGAACGGCUGUUGUUAGACUUGUUUAAGGUUGAAAAUCUGUUUCUGUCGGAGCGUAUUCAACGAAUUUAGGUUAUACUAGGAUAACGGAUUGUGUAAGGGUAAUCGGAAGCACUGGCGCUGGAUAAUUACUUGGAUUCGAGCCAGCAAGCGGCCCUAUCGCGAAUGGGCGCUUCGCGGGCUGGCGUUGGGCUGGGACAUUCUGCGGCAAGUUCGGGGAUAUUUUUUCAAGGAGACAUGCAGUCUCAAGGUUUAGGUAAUUCACAUUUGGGUUCUUUUGGGAACUCUGUGAAUCCGUUUGCUGGAAACAUGCGGUCGAACAUGGUAUUACCUGUGUCGGGAGACAUAACUAAUAGUAUUGGGGGAAGUUCAUUGGUUACUGAUGCUAACUCGGGCCUUUCAGGCGGAGGUGGUCCGCGUCUACAAAGAAGUGCGAGUGCGAACAAUGAGUCGUAUAUGCGAUUGCCUGCAUCGCCUUUAUCGUUUACUUCGAAUAACAUAAGCAUUUCGGGAUCCUCUGUUAUAGAUGGACCGUCUGGAAUGCAACCUGGGUCGAAUCAAGAUCCACAUUCUCAACAAGCGGAUCCCCGUCAAGGUGGUGGAGCUUCUGCCGGCAUGUCGUUACCUCCUAUGCGGGGUGGGCAAGUUUCACUACCGAAUGGUUCAAGAGCUCUCGGAUCAUUUGUUCAAGACGAUGACAAUAUAUCACACUUGCAAAAGAAACCUCGAUUGGAUAUCAAGCAGGAAGACAUCAUGCAACAACAGGUGUUACAGCAGAUAUUGCAAAGACAAGAUUCGAUGCAGUUACAAAGCCCAAAUCCACAGUUACAAACAUUGAUUCAGCAACAGAGACUAAGGCAACAGCAACAACAGUUGCUGCAGUCGCUACCACCGGUUCAACGAGCACACUUGCUUCAACAACAGCAACAGCAGCAGCAACAGUUGCAGUUGAGGCAACAGUUACAACAACAAAGCUUGCAACCUGCAAAUGCAAUGAAACGACCUUAUGAUGGUGGUGUAUGCUCAAGAAGAUUGAUGCAGUACUUGUAUCAUCAAAGGCAACGACCAGCUGAUAAUGGUAUUUCCUACUGGAGAAAAUUUGUUGCCGAGUAUUAUUCUCCACGUGCAAAAAAAAGGUGGUGUUUGUCUUUGUAUGAUAACGUUGGCCAUCAUUCAUUGGGUGUAUUUCCUCAGGCAGCUAUGGAUGCAUGGCAGUGUGAUAUUUGUGGGUCAAAAUCUGGAAGAGGCUUCGAGGCGACAUUUGAAGUACUACCAAGACUUAAUGAAAUCAAAUUCGGUAGUGGUGUUAUCGAUGAGCUUUUGUUUUUAGAUUUGCCUCGUGAAUAUAGAUUUCCGUCUGGAUUAAUGGUAUUGGAGUAUGGACAAGCUGUUCAAGAAAGUAUAUACGAGCAGCUUCGUGUGGUUCGUGAGGGUCAGCUCAAAGUUAUUUUCACCCCCGAUUUGAAGAUAUUAACCUGGGAAUUCUGUGCACGGCGCCAUGAAGAGCUUCUUCUCCGUAGAUUAGUUGCACCUCAGGUGAAUCAGUUGUUACAAGUAGCACAAAAAUGCCAAUCUACAAUAACAGAAAGUGGUUCUGAUGGGGUCUCUCAGCAAGAUUUGCAGACAAACAGCAACAUGGUUGUGACGGCUGGGCGCCAGCUUGCAAGGAGCUUAGAGUUACAAUCAUUGAAUGAUUUGGGUUUUUCCAAAAGAUAUGUUAGGUGCUUACAGAUAUCUGAAGUGGUCAAUAGCAUGAAAGACUUGAUGGAUUUCUGCCGAGACACUAAAUCUGGCCCUAUCGAUGGAUUGAAAAAUUUCCCCCGACAAACAAACUCAGCGAAAUCACAAAUGGAACAAAUAUCUAGCAUUCCGGGUCUUCCAGCAGACCGAAACGGGCUCAGUAAGUUAGUGUCGCUAAAUCCCGGUGUCAGUAGUCCGUUAGUCAACAAUAGUCAACAAAUGGGUAACCGAGGAGCUCCUCUAAGUGGUUCAGUUCAGGCCGCACUUGCACUUUCAAACUACCAGAACAUGAUGGUGAGAAAAAACACAUCGCAACAAGAAGCCUCUUCUUCGUUUAAUAACCCGAACCAAAACGGAUACCCGUUUCAGGGUUCCACCAAUAUGGCGGUUGGCGGCUUCCAACAAAGACCCAUGUUCUCACAGUCACCUUCUCACAGUGGUAGUCAGGCCAUGCAACAACACAUGAUUCAGCAAUUGCUUCAAGAUAUGAGUAAUGGCGGCGGCGGUGGUGGCGGUGGGCAGAAGCCUUCGGUUUCGGGGCAGAGUGCCGCUAGCGGGAGUAUGGGUCGGGAUGGUAUGCGAUACGGGAUUUCACAAUCCGGGACAUCACCACGUCCACCAGCUGUGCCAACUAGAAGCAAUAGUUUCAAAGGUGCUUCACGUAGCGACUCAUCGGCAGGUGGCGGGGCGGGUAACGUAGGCGUUGACAAUCAGAAGGCGUCAACGAAUGAUCUGCCGCAUAUGUGUGAUGAUAUUGUUCAGGAUAUAGCGAGCGAGUUCACGGGGAAUUGUUUUUUUGAAAAUGAUGAAUUGGAGGAGGGAAUGGGUUUUGAUUGGAAGGCAUAAACUUUAUGUCCAUGUACAGUUGUAUUGAAUCAUCAUAAUAUACCUUAAUCUUUGUUUUAUCUUCAGUUAUGAACAAGUGUGAAUUCUGAAAAGUAUCUGGUAAACAAGUUGAGCCGUUUGUGAUCUA